UGAAAUGACAAUUACAAACUCCGUUUUGACAUUCGUUUUUUUCCUCACGUUUGUCCUGCCAACAUCAUCGCAAUCUUGUAAUAUCUGUCAAUCCUCGUUUUUUGAUGAACUGAAAAUAAAAUCAGAUGCCGCUACGCUACUCUGUUCGCCAAACAAGGCAGCCUAUAUAAAGUUGCCUCUUGGUAAGAGUUGUUGUGAAUCGCUGACAACAGAGUUGGAAAAAAGUUGGUAUAGUUACAACAAACUAUGCCCAGCAAUACGGAACAAGCAAUGUCCCAGGGCAAAGUCGAUGACAAUCACAAGACAGAGCACGGUUGACUACGCAAUAAGCCAGGGAGCUCCAAGCAUGAACGAAGUCACGAUGUGUUUCUGGGUAAAGACCAAGCAAGUGACGGGAUAUCCACAUUACAUUUCCUACGCAGUCCAAGGAGCAACAAACCAGAUAUACGUCGCGACGUAUAAAUAUCUAAGACUAAGCAUUUGGCACCACAAUUCAAAUUUCGGUAAUUCACUAUCUUUAAGCUCACACAAUAUAACGAUUAACGAUGGACUCUGGCACCACAUUUGCAUAACUUGGCAAGCAAAUGGUGGUCGAUAUUCAUUUUUCAAGGAUGGAAAUGAAGUUGGCAGUGGCACAAUCGCUGACAGUGUUGGAAAGCCAAUUCCAGGCCAAGGCACAUGGGUGCUGGGUCAAGACCAAGACAGCGUUGGAGGUGGGUUUCAACGUCACCAAUCAGCCACUGGAGAAUUCAGCGGAGUCAAUGUUUGGGAUAAAGUUUUGUCUUCUUUCGAGAUUUUGAAAAUGUCCACAAAUUGCAAAGCCGGUGGACCCGCUGGUAAUGUAAAAACCUGGGCUGAUUUUCUGUCUGGAAUCAAAGGAAAUGCCAAGAUUGAAAAAGCAACUUGCUGUCAGUGA